CGUAUGGAUCGUCCACGAGAAUCCAUUUGUCGACAUCGACCAUCAUCAUCAACAACAUUGUGGCCAUCAAAAAAACGAUCGUUUCUUGAAUUACGUCAACCAUCAUCAUUAUGUUAUUAUAAUAAUGGUGCCGUAAGGUCGUCAGGUAAUCAAAGUUCACCAUCAUCAUCGACUAGUAGACAACGAUUCUAUCGAUCCCUCGAUAAUGUUCAUCUUGAUGAUAUUUAUCGUUAUCGUAUCCAUUUUGAUCGUAUGCUUGCUAAAAUUAAUCAAAUAAAAUUGAUUGUUUGUGCUGGUUGCAUUUUUCAUCUGGCAUUUGUAAUUACAUCGGAUUUUACAAUGAUAAAAAAAUCAUUGUUAUUCCCUGUAGAAUCGAAAACGAUUCACAGAAAUGACUCCGGUAUCAUUGAAUUCGAAACAUUGGCGAUAAUAUCCACAUUUACACUUCGAUUGAUAGGAUUAGUUUUCGGAAUGAUUAUCGGCUGCUUGAUUGAACCGGAACGACAUCUAUUUAUGUUUAAUCGUUUGAAUAUAUUUCAUUUGAAUUGGUUGGCAUUUCUUGUCAUUACCGUAUUGGAUACGAUUUCGAUGAUUAUAAUGCCAUUAAAUUUACCAUUCAUCGCAAUGUUUAUCAAUGUAAUAAGAAGUUCAAUCUGUGGUAUACAAUUGUUUCUGUUACUUUAUGCAUUAUUUGAUAUAAAAAUUGAUCCUUUGGAAGAAAAAGAAGCCAAACGUUAUGUUCAAUUAUAUUUGAUCAUGUUUAUGACUGGUUUACUAUCGGCACUAUCAUUAUCAUUAUAUUUUUAUUCUGAUCUUUUCAUAAACAACGAUAUUUCAGCUAUUCAUUCAUUCAUUCGAUCAAUAAUUGGAUGUCGAAUAUUUUUAUCAUUAAAUUGGUCAACAUUUUCUUAUCUUAUAUGGCAUGGUGUUGCAUCCAUUCAUGAACAGAAUGUCGUACGUGGUGUAGAUUUUGAAGAAUUUCUUGCAAAUUAUGCUAUCGAAAACGAUUGUACGCGCUAUAUAACGUUGAAUUGUGUUGUACUUGCGUGUCAAAUGCGUCCGGGAAUAAAUGUCGAUAAUCAUUUAGAUGAAGAUAAUUUCAGUAUACGUACAGUAGAAGGAUGGCAAAAAACUGGAUUCGCUAUCAUUGGUACUAUACAAUUUGCUUUGGCUUUUCAUUUGUGUAUUUCAUAUCCGGUUGGAUGUUCAAUUUGGCCACAAAAAUAUUAUCCCAGAUUUCUAUCCGGAAAUCAAAAAUUUUCAUUAUUUAUUAUCAUGGCAGUCAUGAUAUUUUUCAUACGAAUUUACUUAUUAUGUCAAACGAAUUGUAUUCGAAUCAUUCGUGAACAAUUACGAAUUCCCAAAUGUUUCUCAUACAUUACCGUUGCAUUUCUUUACAUCGUGGCAAACAUCAUACAAUUAUUCAAUGACCAAUAUGGUCAACAUCAUUUUUUAUUGAUUAUAAUGGCAAAUAUAGCUUUCGGAAUGUCGGUGUCACAAAUGUUGGAUGAAAUUUGUCAUGCAAUUAUCAAUCAUUUAUCCAUCACUGGUCAUUGGAUACGUAAUACGAUUCUCAUGACAAUCAUUUUUCAAUCAUUAAUGUCAUUCGUUCAUUAUUAUUUCAUUGAAAAUUUAGCCAGAAUCGAAGUGAUUUAUUACUUAAACAUAGCUAUUAUAUUAAUUAUUACAAUUACAAUGAUAAUCUUAUCACAAUGCAGAUGUAUACAUAUCAAUAGUGGAUUUGAUCUAAUCGAAAUGCAAACAAUGGAACCUUUAACAAAAAUUAUUGAUCACAAUAAUGUUGAUGGUGACAAUGUCGAAGCAGAUAAUUCGGUACCAAAUGAAAUGUUGUCAUCAACAGGAAAUCAAACAUUCUAUCGAACGAAUGGAAAAAAACGUAAACAAUCGAUAGCAUCGAUAUUGGCUUAUCGAAUGAGAUAUCGCAUCGAAUCGAUUGUAUCAACAUUUAAUUUAAAAUGAUGAUAAUAAUAAUUUAUUUAUCUAUUCAAAAUAUAACAAACGAGUUUAUAUUAAAGAGUAUUUCAUUUUCGAUUA